GGGUAUUACCAUUUUAUGGAUAAAUGAAGACAGAGACUGGAUGAACAGAUAUAACAGAUAGAGUCAGAAUCAGAACUUAGAACUCUCAAACUCUGAGUUAAUGAAAAAUUUUCCCAUAAUUGGCUAUGUUUAGGGAAAGGUAAGCUUGCAGCCUUCCAGCUCCAGAUAGAUCAAGGGUAGAACCUCUGGGAAGUUCUUUUCUGACUUGUAUAGAAAUUACCCAGAACCCAAGUUUCCUGACCAUAACCUGUUGAUUUUCAAACAUUUAAGAACCAAAUGGUGUGCCCUAAGCACUCUGCUAUUAUCAGGAGGGUGAAUGGAUGUGUGUGUUGGUGUGUGGAUGGAGAGAGGUGCAAACCAAAAAUAAAAUUCUAAGCCCCCCUUGCCCCCCCCUGCCCCGCCUUCCCAGGCAACCCUCUGAACGGACUAAUUUGUCAACCAGGGCUCUUGUAAAAUUUAUCCUGAAAGACUGGUUCAGGCCACGAAGGGAAGUGAGGGUGGGACAUGCCCCAUUCAUUAUAUAUCAACCAACGGACUAAUUUCUCAACCAGGGCUCCUGUAAAAUUUAUCCUGAAAGACUGGUUCAGGCCAUGAGGGGAAGUGAGGGCGGGAUGAGCCCUAUUAUAUAUCAACAUGGACUUUAAGUCUGAUAAGAAACAUUUUACAACCUAUUCUCUCUGAACCUGCUGCCUGGAGACUGCAUCUGCAUAAUAAAACUUUGGUCCCCACAAGCUCGUAUCUUAACCCAUACAUUCCUUUCUUUGAUCUCAGGUCUUUAGACAAACUCAACCAAUUGUCAACCAGAAAAUGUUUAAAUUUACCUAUAGCCUGAAAGCCCAUCCGCCCCUUAGAGUUGUCCAGCCUUUCUGGACCAAACCAAUGUAUUUCUUACAUGUAUUUGAUUGAUGUCUCAUGCCUCCCUAAAAUGUAUAAAACCAAGCUGGACCCCAACCACCUUGGGCACGUGCUCAGGACCUCCUGAGGGCUGUGUCACAGGCCGUGGUCACUCAUAUUUGGCUCAGAAUAAAUCUCUUCAAAUAUUUUACAGAGUUUGACUCUUCGUCGACAGACGUUACACAAAAUCCUCUCCUAUGUAAGACUAUCGGACGUGUACGUGAUGCCCGUCGUAACACUGGUGUGAAAAGCUGGACUGGGGGGUAUGUACCUGCAUGUAAGUGGAGGUGCCCAAGGGGAUUUCUCUUCACAGCUCAUUGAGCAUAGCUGACUUGCUAGCUAUGGUCUGACACCUCCUGAUUUCAGAUCUGCCCUGAAAACAAUGACAUGAAUAUGCCCCUGCUACUCAGUAUACUAUUAGGCUUGGAGUCUGAAGUAGACCUCCAAACCCCAUCCAAUCAGGUAAGGGAGAAAAACGAUAGCCCAACAUUCCCUAGUGCUCAUAAUAUUAUUAUUCCAUUAUUUCACUUUUUAUCCCUUCUCUCACAGAUAAAAAAAAGAAAAAGCUCUACUUCUUUAGGGUUCUUGGACGUAGACUCUCCACAGUUCAUCUGGGGUUGUUCAUCUCCACUUCUUUUUGUAUCCCAGGGCAACUUUCCUGCAGUUUCCCUAAUGAGAAUAUUUUCCGGACUAGGCAUGGGGCGGCUUCCCCCGCCCCCUACUCUUCUCCCAGGACGGGAGCUGCGGCCAGCUACCUGGGGCCGGCCAAAGUCAGGGGAGCGGGGAGAGGCGGCGUCACCUCCUCCACGCUCCUCCGGCCCCAUUCAAUCUAGCUAUUUGCACUCGGCUCUGGCUCUUUUCCGCCAGCUGCGGCUGUUCUAGAAGUGCCGGGCUGCCGGUCCUGGCCUCGGCAGGGGCCGUGCGGGACCGAGGGGUGGCGGCCGAGGCAUGUGGGGCGGGUGGGUUGCGCGCGGCUGGCACGGCGCGGGGACCCAGCGCGUCAGGCGGGAAAGGGGGGCGGCGGCGGGCGCGUAGCGGGCCCCAGGACGCCCGGCCAGGGGAUUGGCCUCUGCACCGCUGCUCAGGGCGCGUCCCUUGCCGCCUCUGGCGUCGACUCAAGCUUCCUCCUCCGAGCAGCCCUCAGUGGCGCCGCCUUAGUGCUCCGGGUCGAGCCCCGGGAGGGUUAGCCUGGGGACGGCAGGGGCGUGACCGGGGCGCGGAAGUAGGUGAGCAGCAGGGCGGCGCGCGGCGGUCAGGCCGGGACAGCCAGAGGGGCAGCGACAUCUGCGGGCGGGCGGGAGGCGGACGCUUCCCGGGAGGAGCAGGGCCGUCGGGAGGACGCAGGCCGCAUCGAGGCUGAAGGGCCUCCCUGUCCGGGACGGUCAGCUGCCAAGUUCGGGCCCUUAGCGCGUGGCCCCUGGGAGCGGAAGCAUCACCCCUGGCUGCGCGCUCAUGCUGGUCCUAGCGCAGAAGACCCGGCGAGGUCCGCGAAUUUUGGCUUAGGGUUUGUCAAGUCACCUCGAGCGACUCGGAGAGAACCCGGCGUUCCCACUAGGGACGGUGAUCUCAGUCUCUUUCCUUUAGAAAGUUACUCCGAUACUUUUGAUCAUCCGUCCAUAGUAAGGAGGAAAAAUAGCGUGGUUUGUCCCCCGGUGAGGGAGUAUUGGAGGAUCCCGUCCAGUGGGAAGAGCCAGUUUUAGGGGAGCAGCGCGUCCAGCCCGCUGACGCUUCAACCUGGUAAAGGGUUAACUGCAUCCUGCCGGUUCGGUUUACAUGUAAAUAGAGAGCAGCUGCUCCGCGCGGCCCUGGCUGGCUCUUUUAAGUUUUUGAUUGGUUGCCAAUGACAUCACCGCCCGUGUUAUAACACCGAGGACCCAGGGCAGCGUCGGAUAAACCCUCCUUAAAGAGAUGAGGCCACGCCUUCUUACCCGCCCCCUAGGCUGCCCAUUGGUCGCGGGGCUCUGUGAGGUAGCGGUCGGCUUUCUCCGGAUUCUUAUUGGUCCAGCCCGCCGUCGGUCGGCGGCGAGUCCGCCCCCUCAGAACCUUACAUUUACAGUGUAGCAAAAGAGAAAGUAACUAUGUUGCUGCUGGAGAUCAAUGAAGCCAAGUGAAUGGGGGCUGAAUGUGCGAGUCCAUAGCUGAAGCGGAGCGCCAGAUGGUGGAGGAAUACACUUAUUUAUGAAACUGUCUUGAGUUCUUCUUGAAUUGCCAGUUUUCAGCCUCCUCAUGCCUCCGUCUCCUUUAGACGACAGGGUAGUAGUGGCACUAUCUAGGCCCGUCCGACCUCAGGAUCUCAACCUUUGUUUAGACUCUAGCUACCUUGGCUCUGCCACCCCAGGCAGUAACAGCCACCCUCCUGUCAUCGCCACCACCGUUGUGUCCCUCAAGGCUGCGAAUCUGACGUAUAUGCCCUCAUCCAGCGGCUCUGCCCGCUCCCUGAAUUGUGGAUGCAGCAGUGCCAGCUGCUGCACUGUGGCAACCUACGACAAGGACAAUCAGGCCCAAACCCAAGCCAUUGCCGCUGGCACCACCACCACUGCCAUCGGAACCUCUACCACCUGCCCUGCUAACCAGAUGGUCAACAAUAAUGAGAAUACAGGCUCUCUAAGUCCAUCAAGUGGGGUGGGCAGCCCUGUGUCAGGGACCCCCAAGCAGCUAGCCAGCAUCAAAAUAAUCUACCCCAAUGACUUGGCAAAGAAGAUGACCAAAUGCAGCAAGAGUCACCUGCCAAGUCAGGGCCCUGUCAUCAUUGACUGCAGGCCCUUCAUGGAGUACAACAAGAGUCACAUCCAAGGAGCUGUCCACAUUAACUGUGCCGAUAAGAUCAGCCGGCGGAGACUGCAGCAGGGCAAGAUCACUGUCCUAGACUUGAUUUCCUGUAGGGAAGGCAAGGACUCUUUCAAGAGGAUCUUUUCCAAAGAAAUUAUAGUUUAUGAUGAGAAUACCAAUGAGCCAAGCCGAGUGAUGCCCUCCCAGCCACUUCACAUAGUCCUCGAGUCCCUGAAGAGAGAAGGCAAAGAACCUCUGGUGUUGAAAGGUGGACUUAGUAGUUUUAAGCAGAACCAUGAAAACCUCUGUGACAACUCCCUCCAGCUCCAAGAGUGCCGGGAGGUGGGGGGCGGCGCAUCCGCGGCCUCGAGCUUGCUACCUCAGCCCAUCCCCACCACCCCUGACAUCGAGAACGCUGAGCUCACCCCCAUCUUGCCCUUCCUGUUCCUUGGCAACGAGCAGGAUGCUCAGGACCUGGACACCAUGCAGCGGCUGAACAUCGGCUACGUCAUCAACGUCACCACUCAUCUUCCCCUCUAUCACUAUGAGAAAGGCCUGUUCAACUACAAGCGGCUGCCAGCCACUGACAGCAACAAGCAGAACCUGCGGCAGUACUUUGAAGAGGCUUUUGAGUUCAUUGAGGAAGCUCACCAGUGUGGGAAGGGGCUUCUUAUCCACUGCCAGGCUGGGGUGUCCCGCUCCGCCACCAUCGUCAUCGCUUACUUAAUGAAGCACACUCGGAUGACCAUGACUGAUGCUUAUAAAUUUGUCAAAGGCAAAAGACCAAUUAUCUCCCCAAACCUUAACUUCAUGGGGCAGUUGCUAGAGUUUGAGGAAGACCUAAACAACGGUGUGACACCGAGAAUCCUUACACCAAAGCUGAUGGGCGUGGAGACGGUCGUGUGACAAUGGUCUGGAUGGAAAGGAUUGCUGCCCUCCAUUAGGAGACAAUGAGGAAGGAGGAUGGAUUCUGUUUUCUUUUCUUUUUUUUUUUUUUUUUAGUUGGGAGUAAAGUUUGUGAAUGGAAACAAACUUGUUGAAACACUUUAUUUUUAACAAGUGUAAGAAGACUAUAACUUUUGAUGCCAUUGAGAUUCACCUCCCACAAACUGACAAAUUAAGGAGGUUAAAGAAGUAAUUUUUUUAAGCCAACAAUAAAAAUAUAAUACAACUUGUUUCUCCCCCUUUUCCUUUUAAGCUAUUUGUAGAGUUUUUGACUAAAUAGUCUGUGCAGGUUCAUAGACCGAAGAUACUACACACUUUAAACCAAUUAAAAAGAACCAAAAGUAAAUAGAAAAGACAUUGAAUCACCAAGGCCUGGGAUCAACCUGGGCUGUCCACACAGAAAACAAAAACCCAACCAAACCAAGCCCUGUUGUGCUCACUGGUGCAAAGAGAAGAUCAGGGCAGCUUAAUUGGUCUAAGAAUCCUUCAGGCAUUCUUUAAAGAGACAAAGGAUACCUUUGAUUUUGUGUGUUUCAUGCUCUGGAUUUUAUUUUAUUUUUUUCCUUCUCUGGGUUUAAGAGAUUUUUUUUGAAAUAGUGAGGAACUGACCAUUAUAUGCCUUCACUGGCUUCUUGUGCAAUAAUAUGAUGUUUUAAGUGUGCAAACAAGUUAGAGCUGGCAGCUGAAUGAUAGACAAAUAGUGCAAAUUUGCCAGCUUGGAGAUAGAAAGGAAUUCAACAAUAUAUCAAUUACUUUCCUUCCCACCUUUUUCCUUUUUUUUUUUUUUCUGAUUUGAUUCUGGUUACAGUGCCAUAAACCUUGUUACAUAUGUAUAUCAGAAUGUAAGGAAAAAAGAAAAAUUUAUUUAAAAAUAUUUUUCGCAAAAAAAAAAUCUUGGUGUGUUUCUGUUGAUUGUGUGAAAAUUUAUUUUCAUUAUAUAAAUGAAACUGG